AUGAAGAAAAGAGUCUUGUCAAAGUCCCUAACUCACACUGAUAUAUGCAAAAGAUUGGCUAUCCCAACAAAGAGUCUAGCCUUCUUACCUCAUUUCUGUGGAGGCAAUGCCAUAGAGUUGCCGGUUAGGGAUGAUAAUGGCUGCAGCUGGACAUUUGUUUGCUCACUCCGGAAAACUGGCUAUGCAAAACCAGUUCUACAAAAGGGAUGGCGACACUUUGUUCUUGCUAAAGGUCUCACUGUUGGUGAUAAAGUCACGUUUUAUCAGCAGGGAACUGACGAUGGGAUUAAGGUAUUUGGUACUGUUUUUCCUCGUUCAUGCUAUAGCAUUGAGGUUGAGAGAGCUAUCAAGCCCUCCCUGUCUAGAGCUUGUGUUGAUCACAAUCUAGCCAGGAAAUGA